AUAGCCUGCGCGCGGGUGGAUUAUCAUUGCAUCAUUUUAUUUCGCAAGAAAAUAUCUCCGCGGGAAGACGGAUAGAAAUAAAAUUACUUAGAAAAACCUUCAACAAAAGACAUGAAAUUGUGGUCUACAACUCAUACAUUCAGGUAUAUGAUACUACAUCAUCUAUAGAUGUUUUUAUAAAACAUGAAAGCAUAUUUUAUAUUUUAGAAAUAUGAGAAUUUUAUGUUAGUCAGUGAACCAUGCUCUUCAGUUAGUAGGAAUUUAUACUUGUGCGAAAAUUAUUUAGUUUUAGUUUUAGAACUUUAAAUAGUGAAAAAUACUUUAUAGUGUACGAAAUCUUGUUAAUUUUAAUGUUUGAACUUUGGGCAUGUCUUGUUUUAAAGCACAGACAAAUUUUAAAAAUCAUGUCUAAAAUUUUGUAAAUUUUUGUGUGGUGAACUUUGAACUCUGUAUGACUGUGGUGCCACGUCUUCUGAGUUAUGUAAUUUAGGGUUGGGCAAUAUUUUAAAAAUAUCACGAUUAUCAUCUGGGAAAUUAUCACAUUAAUCAGUUACUACGUACAAAAAAUAUAUACAAGUUCUUACAAGUCUGCAAACAAGUUUGUCACAAAAUCUGUUCACAAGCUGUCGACAAGUUGUGUUCGCACUGCUUGUUCCCAGUUGUUGUAACAAGUUUGGAACAAGCUGUCAACAACUUGUAACAAGCUUGAUGGUAUUAUCGGACUUGUUACAAGGUUGUUCUAACAGGUCUGAUGCAGUCGUGUUAUAACGAGAAUGUUACAAGGUUGAUGACACAAGGUUGUAACAAUAUUGUUAUAUCAUGACUGUAUCGGACUUGUUGAAACAACCUUGCAACAAGUCUGAUAAUAUCAACAAAGUUGUUACAAGUUGGUAACAGCUUGUUCCAAACUUGUUAACAACUUGGGACAAGCAGUGCGAACACAACUUGUCGACGGCUUGCUACAAGAUGUGAGAUUUUUGUGGUUGUCAAUUCCACAGCAACUGAUGCUUAACUUACAAUUUAUUUCCUAGACAUGCUUGGGAGACGGUGACGCAAGCUGUUUGGAGAAAAUAUCCAAAUGACUACAACCCUCACGUCAAAGCCAUUGACGUUAUCGACAGACAUGUUGACGAUGAAGGACGUCUUGUUACUAAGCGAGUCAUGGGCACGCAAUGGAACUUGCCGUCAUGGGCUAUUUAUUUACUAGGCCUGCAGGACAUGUGUUACGGCAUAGAACACUCUGUUAUUGACCCCAAGGCUAGAACAAUGACUUUAAAAGGGAGAAAUUUGACAUUUUCAGGACUUGUAGGCAUUGAGGAAAGUUUGGAAUACUCGCAACAUCCCGAAGAUAAAAAUGCGUAAGAAUUUUUGUUAUUUUUUAUUUAAUUCCUAUCUAGCGACUCUCCUACUGACAAUAAUAUUUGCUUUUUUUUUCAACUAGAACUAUAAUGAAGCAAGAAGCGGUAGUGACUGUUUUUGGUUUAAGUUUCAGCAGUUAUUGUGAGAAACUUAUCACAGAGACAUACGAAAAUAAUUCCACAAAAGUAAGGGAUUGUAUUUCUUUAUAUUUAAAAAUCAAGAUAGGAUGUUAACCCAUUGAGUGGCAAGUAAAAUCGUCUGGCGUUAGACAGAGUAAAAUACUAAAGUAGGGUGCAUUGCCACUUAAAGGGUUAAAAUUAGUUUUGUUUACAUCUAAGGAGGAACAGUCAGUGAUAACAACAUUAUCUUUUCUCCACCAGGGCAGGCAAGCAAUGGAACAUGUCAUUGGAGUUAUAAACCAAGAAAUCUCUGACUUAGCCGCCGGUAUCGAGCAAGCUACGACAAAACUUAAUACAGAAAUUGAACACGCAACGGCUGUUAUUAAUUCUGAACUCAACGACAUUGCACAAGGGGCUAAGAGUGGCUUUGAACAAGCAACAAGAUUGAAUACUGCCUUUUGUGAGCAGACUACUUCAUAACAGAAGUGAAGAGGAUAUACCUGCUCUAUACUCUACUACAUAAAUGAUUUUGAGAAGAUUGAAAACUGCUUUCUGGGAGCAGUCAAUGUAAUGGAGUUAGCGAAACAAGCAAGGUUUUGCGAGCAGUUAACUCAAUGGCACGAGAAUUCAGAUGAAUGGUCUAGUGGAUCUAGUCCUACCAGAGUGUUGAUGGUCGACAGGAGGAAGGAUGUAAGGCUUAUGUUAAGGCUGGUACUAUCAAAGUUUCUGUGAUCACAGUACGAAUUUUGCAUAAGUGAAUUCUAAGUUUUGAAGAAUUUGUAAGAAAUGUUUGAUGGAACUGAUUUGGUGUUUAACAUGUAGUCAGCUCUCCCUGAAACAUUUCUUUAUAAAUCCUUCAAAACUUAGAAUUUACCUAUGCAAAAUUCCUAUUGUGAUCACAGAAACUUUGAUAGUACCAGCCUUUAUACAAAGUCUUGAAGCUAAUGUUUCUAAGUUCAUUUAUAAUAGUAGACAGACAAUGACAAUGUUUAAAUUAAUAUUAUAUUUGUAUUAAUAAUAAUUUACUCUUAUGUAAUGCAUUAAUUCAGCGGUGGUUAUGGCUCAUUUUUUAUCUUAUAAAAUGGUUGCUUAGAUUCUUAUUAUCUCAACCCUGCUUGCAGAGCCAUGCCACCCCUAAAAUAAUCUCACUUCAUCUAAGAAGUCUUAUUUGUUUGUAACUAAAUUAUCAUAACUCUCCUUUAAGGAGGUAUUUAUAUUUAUUUGAGAACGAUUUCCUAAUUAUAACGUUCAAAACAUAGCGA